UGGCGCUGGCCGCAGGAGAGAGGCGCCUGUCACCCUGUGGAGAAGGCGCUCCCGGUUCUGUUCGUUGCCCCUGGCACCCACCGACACGGCUAGUGCCUCAUCCCAAAAAUUUUUUCAGCAGAUCAUUGAGUACACAGAGGAAUACCGCCACAUGCCACUCCUGAAGCUCUGGGUCGGGCCGGUGCCCAUGGUGGCCCUUUAUAAUGCAGAAAAUGUGGAGGUAAUUUUAACUAGUUCAAAGCAAAUUGACAAAUCCUCUAUGUACAAGUUUUUAGAACCAUGGCUUGGCCUAGGACUUCUUACAAGUACUGGAAACAAAUGGCGCUCCAGGAGAAAGAUGUUAACACCCACUUUCCAUUUUACCAUUCUGGAAGAUUUCUUAGAUAUCAUGAAUGAACAAGCAAAUAUAUUGGUUAAGAAACUUGAAAAACAUGUUAACCAAGAAGCAUUUAACUGCUUUGUUUACAUCACUCUUUGUGCCUUAGAUAUCAUCUGUGAAACAGCUAUGGGGAAGAAUAUUGGUGCUCAAAGUAACGAUGAUUCCGAGUAUGUCCGUGCAGUUUAUAGAAUGAGUGAGAUGAUAUUUCGAAGAAUAAAGAUGCCGUGGCUUUGGCUUGACCUCUGGUACCUUAUGUUUAAAGAGGGAUGGGAACACAAAAAGAGCCUUAAGAUCCUACAUGCUUUUACCAACAAUGUUAUCGCUGAACGGGCCAAUGAAAUGAACGUGGAUGAAGACUGUAGAGGUGAUGGCAGGGACUCCGCCCCCUCCAAAAAUAAACGCAGGGCCUUUCUUGACUUGCUUUUAAGUGUGACUGACGACGAAGGGAACAGGCUAAGUCAUGAAGAUAUUCGAGAAGAAGUUGACACCUUCAUGUUUGAGGGCCACGACACAACUGCAGCUGCAAUGAACUGGUCCUUAUACCUGUUGGGGUCUAACCCAGAAGUCCAGAAAAAAGUGGACCAUGAACUGGAUGACGUGUUUGGUCAUCUUAUCUCGUUGCUUUCAUCAGGGAGGACUGACCGUCCCGCUACUGUAGAAGACCUGAAGAAACUUCGGUAUCUGGAAUGUGUUAUUAAGGAGACCCUUCGCCUUUUUCCUUCUGUUCCUUUAUUUGCCCGCAGUGUUAGUGAAGAUUGUGAAGUGGCAGGUUACAGAGUUCUGAAAGGCACUGAAGCCGUCAUCAUUCCCUAUGCAUUGCACAGAGAUCCAAGAUACUUCCCCAACCCUGAGGAGUUCCGGCCUGAGCGGUUCUUCCCCGAGAAUGCACAAGGGCGCCAUCCAUAUGCCUACGUGCCCUUCUCUGCUGGCCCCAGGAACUGUAUAGGUCAAAAGUUUGCUGUGAUGGAAGAAAAGACCAUUCUUUCGUGCAUCCUAAGGCACUUUUGGAUAGAAUCCAACCAGAAAAGAGAAGAACUUGGUCUAGAAGGACAGUUGAUUCUUCGUCCAACUAAUGGCAUCUGGAUCAAGUUGAAGAGGAGAAAUGCAGAUGAACCCUAACUAUAUUAUUGGGUCAUGCCUUUAUCAUGAGAAAGGUCUUUAUUUUAAGAGAUCCUUGGCAUUUACAAUUUAUAGAUCAUGAGUUCAAUAUGCUUGAAUUCCCUAGACCUAAUUUUUCCUUGAUCCCACUGAUCUUGACAUCGAGUCUAACAAAGAAAGAGUUUUGAGUUUUGUAUUUUCUUUUCUUUUCUUUUUUUUGGGACCGAGUCUCACUCUGUCGCCCAGGCUGAAGGAGUAUAGUGGUGUGAUCUCGGCUCACUGCAACCUCCAACUCCCAGGUUCAAGUGAUUCUUCUGUCUCAGCCUCCCAAGUAGCUGGGAUUACAGGCGCCUGCCACCACACCUGGCUAAUUUUUUUUGUAUUUUUGGUAGAAACAGGGUUUCGCCAUGUUGGCCAGACAGGUCUCGAACUCCUGACCUCAAGUGAUCCACCCGCCUCAGCCUCCCAAAGUGCUGGGAUUACAGUCGUGAGCCACCACGCCCGGCCAGAGUUUUGUAUUUUCAUCACCAUCAUAGAUGUUACAGUUGGCUGUGGUCUCAAAAGUAGAGUUAAGUGUGUCAGUACCCAAAUAAACAUCUAACAGGUUUCUCAACAGAGGAAUCCACAGUCCAAUUCCACUUCAAUUGAUAGACCCCAAAAAUAUAA